UCAAUAUACUUCCCCUCCUCUCUGGCACCAGUCUUGUGCGGUCGCCACAAAGCGGUCUCCCGCGAUCGUAUUGGCCAGUCGAUCUCCUCCCAUUUUUCUCAGCGGCGACCACGACUAAAAAUUCCUCGUCGCCUUAGCUUCCGCGAGCUGCUCUACGUGCCAGGGCUGUUCCAUGAGUUGCAAUCAUGACCCGCGGAUCAACACCGCGUGCGCCCCUAAAAAAUUAAUCCUCGAAUGGCCGUCUUCCAAAUUCUAGCAGAAGCAUAGAUACACAGCCUGAUCAAGAAAGAGCUCCUGAACAAAGCCUCCAAGAAUCCAAGCCUCCGAGACUUCUUGUGCCAUGCCGCGGCAACAUGUUGGCACGGCGCCGGCCACCGUCCCCGGCCGAUCGGCGCGUGCUGCUCUAGCGGCUGGGUUCAUGCCUGGGCGCGACAAGAAUCGCGCUGCCACCGCCGACGAUGCCGACGACGACGUUGCUGGCGCUCCUGGCGGGCAGCGGUGCUCGUGCCUGCCGUUCUGCUUCUUGGGAGGCAGGGGAGCGGCUUCCGGCGGCUCCGGAGCCGCGCGGGGUCGGAGACGGCGCCGCAGGUUCAUGAACAGGCUCUCGUGGUUCUCCUCCUGGCCGUGGCUCCAGAAGAGCGGCAAGAAGGAGGCGGACGGCGACAGCAAGAAGAAGAAGGGGACGAAACGGAGGGGGAGGCGGAUGCUGCUGCUGCUCACGACGUCGCUGCAGGCCAAGAAGGCGCUCGCGUCCGUCGUCUCCGGCAACAGCACCCUGCUACCGGCCAAGGUUAGCAGUUUCAGCGAUGCCAAGAAGGAAAACAACCGCAAGCCACGGCCAACGGCAGACGACAACGCGUCAAGCGGCACCAGGCAACCGCAAGCCGCUACGGCAGCGACGAGCACCAGAGGAAGCACGGCGCCUGCUCUUGCUCGGCAGGAGACGAGCCAACCGUGCCCGAGACCAACCGACGAGCCGCCGGCGGCCAGCCGCGUCUGGCGAGCCCCAUUGAGGCGCCACUCGCUUCAUCAGCCCGACCACACCGAGCGGCCGGCCGGCGCCGGUGGCCUGUGGACGGCGGCGACGACGCUGGGCGUGAUCGUGCUCUUCGGCCGCGUCACCGCGGUGGUCUUCCUGUGCUCGUGCCUGUACGGCACGCGCUUCGUCCGGUCGCGGGUGACUGGCGCCAGUGCCAGUGCCAAGGCCAAGAGCAGUGGCGGUAGCAGCAGUAGCCGGCGGUUCGGUGACCCGGUGGGGGUGGCCGCCGAGAAGGCCGUGGAGCUGUCCACCACGGAGGAGUGCAAGAAGGUGGUCAUGGCAGGGUUGCUCGAGAGGGCCGACAAGAGGCCCUCGUCGCGCUUUGGUAGGUAAAAUCACAAGCUGACGUUGUAAAUGAUGCCAGAUGCCAUUUUCUGUUGGGAGUGUGAACAAUUUUGGUGGCUGGCAUGGUGCGCUGGUGGUGAUACCAGUAUUUGUUUUUUGUUUUCUUCUUUGGUGAAUUUGGCAUGGAGGAGAGCUCUGUAAUUCUGUGUACGAUUGGAAUGGUUUUUGGUUAUGCUCAA